GGUUAGCACGUCGUCUUUGGCCGUGUGUCAACACAUCAUAUGUGCAAGAGCUUUUACUCUCACUGCUCUCAUUGUCAGCUUAUUCGCUUUUCUCCGUGUUGUGGAUGGAUAUAGUUCACUUGUAUAUUAAACGGCGAUAACUGAAGUAUCUCGAGUAUUUCGAAAAGGCAAUUAAAAUAACUUCGAAACAAUGGGUAAAACGAAAAAGAAAUCAGCACAAAAUCCAAAUGCAGUUGCAAAUCAAUCGAUAGAUGAAAUAAAAAGUGGUUCGGUAAAAAAAAACAAGAAUUCCAAGUUGAAAAGUACAUCUGUAGGCAAGACAGCUUUGAUUAACAAUUCAAAAAUACAAAAUAAAAAUCAAUCAUCUCAGAAAAAUCUCCAGAAUAUUACUGAUGCAAAGAAUAAUCAGAAUUUACUUCAAAAUAAUAAGAAAGAAUUGAAAGAACAAUAUUCUCUGAAAAGAAAAAAUGUUUCAAAUAAAUCACAAAAGAAAUCAACAACCCAACAAGCUAACAAGAAGAUGAAAAAAGAAUUAGAAGUUGAUGAGUCAUUAAAUUAUUACAAGGAAGAGGAAGUAAAUGGUGAUGUUUCAGAUGGGAAAAUGGUAAAAGAUAUACUUUUACCAAAUUCGUCAAAGAAGAACGAUAAGGAUUUUGAAGGAGAUAAAGAUGAAAAUGGUGAGGAUGAAUUAAAUUGCAAAAAAAGUGAUGAAGAGAGGAAAGAGUUAAACAUGCAUAAAGCAAAACGUAUUUUGGAAAAGGUCAAUAAAGAAGAAUAUCUUUUACCUUGUCCUAAUAAACGCGGAGAGAUUAAUAGGACAACUAUUAAAAUUGAAAAUUUUCCCAAGGAAAUAACCGAAUUAGAAAUAAAAGAAAAAUUUGAAGAAUUUGGUCCCAUUAAAUCCAUACAAUUCAAAUUGGUUAUGCCAGGCCGUUAUUUUGAUUUUGAUGAUAUUAAAUUAAAACAUCCAUGUUAUACAUUGCCAGUGCAUGUUACAGUAUUUAUUGAUUAUCAUUGUCCAUUAUCUGCCGAAAAGGCAUUAAGCAUGAAUGGAAAAAUAUAUGAAGGAAAUUACAUAAUUGUAUCCUAUAAGAAUAACAUGAACGGUCCCUCGAUUGAUAGUGGUAAAACUGUAGUGCUAACCAAUCUGCCAAAGAAUAUGGAUAUCAACCCGAUUUGGAAAAUAUUUGAAAUAUGUGGAGACAUAAAGUAUGUAGAUAUAUAUCGUAAUCGGAUUACAGGAAUUAAUGAAGGGAUUGGUACUAUUUACUUUGCGACCAAAGAUGCUGCGAGUAAGGCUGCAGAACUAAGUGGAACUCUGAUUUUUAAUCGUCAAAUAACAGUAGAACUAGGUUAUCCUGCCGGGGCUCUCGAGCAAUUGACAAUAUAUAGAACACAAGCAGUUAAUCAUUUCUUAACAAGUUAUAAAACAGUCCAAAAUAUAUUAGAUGACAAAAAGUGGCGUAAAAAGGCACAAAAGGCACAAAAGGCACGACAAAAUUUGCAAUGAUAAUAGUGCAUCUAAAAAGUUCAAGAAUAAUUUUAAAAGGAGAUAUAGCACAUAAGAUGGAAAAUGAAAUGGAAUAUCUCAGUAAAUUAAUGUUGACCUCGUAUAAAAGAAACCGACUUCAUUCCAGGGUCAAAAAGCUAAUGUCAAACAGAAAAAGAAAAACAAGACACUCAACAAGCAAAAACAGCAAAUGAUGAAAAAACUUGCAACUAAACUGAAAAAACCCAUAAAAGUUUAAAUGAACAACGUUAUGAUACAUUUUAUAGUUUAUAGGAUUCAAUUAAGAAAUAUACUCAACAUAUGACUCAUAACGUUCAUUUAGUAUAAAAAAAAGUAAUUGCUAAUAUUGUUCUAUUUAAAA